GUAAUGUAAACCACAACAUCUCUGAAUAAACGAAAAAUCUUAUGUAUGCUUUUACAUCACCACAUGGGAGGAUGAGCUUGAAUUAUUGCGAAAAUAAAUUGUGUGAGAAUGUAUGUUCUUCUAUAUGUAUGAGAGAGUGGCUAGUAGGUACAAACUGCAACUGGCAUACUAAACUCUUUACUAAACUCAAAGUUGAUGAUAUGGCCUCCCACUUGCAACUCCAUUUCAUCUUGUUUCCUCUACUAGCCCAAGGACAUAUGAUCCCCAUGAUAGACAUUGCUCGAUUGCUGGCAAAGCGUGGUGUGAUUGUCACCAUAGUCACCACACCGCGAAAUGCAGCACGCUAUACAGCAGUUAUUGCGCGUGCCAGAGAAUCUGGCUUCCAAAUCAAGUUAGAACAAGUUCACUUUCCAUUUGAAGCUGCAGGAAUACCAGAAGGUUGUGAGAAUUUCGACAUGCUUCCUUCAAAUGAGAUGGCAUCCAGUUUCAUGAAUGCACUUUCCUUGCUUCAUUUGCCUGCCGAAAAAUUGGUCCAAGAGCUGACACCUAGGCCAAGCUGCAUAAUCUCUGACAUGUAUUUUCCUUGGACAGCCAAUCUAGCAACCAAGUUCCACAUUCCAAGAAUUUCUUUCAGUGGGUUUUCUUCCUUUUGUAUGUUGUGCGAGCACAACAUACACAACUCUAACGUUCUUGACAACAUAGGUUCCGAAUCUGAAUGCUUUGUUGUGCCUGGCUUGCAAGAACGUGUUGAAUUUACGAAAGCUCAGGUGGGAAUGUUCAUACGUCCAAAUGUCCAAGAGUAUCUUGAUAAAGUACUAGCUGCUGAAAAGGUUAGCUAUGGGAUGAUUAUUAAUACAUUUGAAGAGUUGGAGCCAGCAUAUAUCAAAGAGUUCAAGAAGGUUAGAGCAAACAAAGCUUGGUCUAUUGGUCCAGUUUCCCUAUACAACAAAGACACUUUGGAUAAGAUUCAGAGAGGAAACAAGGCUUCAAUUGAUGAAGAUGAAUGCUUGAAGUGGCUAGACUUGCAGCAACCAGGAUCUGUAAUUUAUGCUUGCUUUGGAAGCAUUAGUAACCUAAUGCCUUCACAAAUGAUAGAGCUUGGAUUAGGCUUAGAGGCUUCGAGAAAACCAUUUAUUUGGGUUUUAAGGGAAGGAGAUCAAUCAAAAGCCUUGGAGAAAUGGAUUUUAGAGUAUGGAUUCGGUGAAAGAAUUAGAGAAAGAGGUCUCUUGAUUAGAGGUUGGGCUCCCCAACUCUUAAUAUUGUCACACCAAGCAAUUGGAGGAUUCUUAAUGCAUUGUGGAUGGAAUUCAACACUCGAGGCAAUAACUAUGGGGGUGCCAAUGGUCACAUGGCCUCUUUGUGGUGACCAAUUUGUCAAUGAAAAGUUAGUUGUGCAAGUGCUAAAGAUUGGUGUAAGUGUUGGUGUAGAGGUCCCUCUGCAAUGGGGAGAAGAAGAGAAAGUGGGGGUUUUGGUGAAGGAAGAAGAUGUUAACAACGCAAUUAACAGGUUAAUGGACAAAGGUGAAGAGGGUGAAGGAAGAAGAAGGAGAGCAAGAGAGCUUGGGGAGAUGGCAAAGAGAUCGGUAGAAGAAGGUGGUUCUUCUCAUCUCAAUUUGACAAUGCUUAUCGAAGCUAUCAUGCAACAAGUUUGAACAAGGCAAGGAGUCGGUUCUAAGCAUUAUGUAUACAAAAUCUUAUCUUGAUUCUGCUUUUCGUUAACAAGAAGGGGAAAAAGACAUAUUUCUGCCAGCGUAGUAAAAUCAAGUGAUUCUUUUAUGUUUAUUUUGCUUGAAUUAGUUAUGCUAGCUUAGUGCCUGACUGCCUGUGACCUUUUGGAAGGAUUGCGUGAAUAAAAAAUUAUGGACUAAUUGCUCUC